AUGUUAAGAUUGCCAUUCAAACAUCUGACACCAUUGCUAUUGCAGCAAUGUGGUAAUGCAAGUGUCAGCUCUGUUGCCAUUGCUUCACUGUCAUCAUCAACAACAUUGUUAUCAUCAUUGUACAGGCAUAGUAAUACUUUACAACGACAACAACAAUAUAUAUAUCGAUCAAAUAGUACAAAGAGUAGCAGCAGCAGCAGUAGUAGCAAAGAUGAAGUGUUCAUUGAUGAUCAUUCUUCGUCUACCAAUAGAAGAUUGAAUCUACAACGUCAAUCGUCAAACAACAACAACAACAACAACAACAGUAACAUCAAACAACAAGUACAACAAAUACAACAAGUACAGGAAGAGAUACUCGAAGAAACAUAUGAACAGACACCUAGCACAUCCUCACUUCAUCCAAGAUCCGCGACAGAUAACGAAUUCACCAAGCUCAUUGACAUGUUCCAAGACUCCAUGCCAUUGGCCAUCGAACAAUUGAAUAACUACCUUUAUGGUACUAAAGAUAGUAUAAAGUUAGAGGAAUACAUGGUGGACGAGUUCCUUCACUUGAUAAAGGGCGAUCCUUAUCUGAGUACAGACUUGUUGAAUACAUUGUUGCAGUACUAUAUUAGAGUGGAUAGGUUGGAGAAGAUCAAAGAGAUAAUAGGUCUAUAUAUAUAUGGUGUGGAGAAUGCAGACAUCAAUCAAACGACAUUGGACCUGGUCUAUGAGUACAGUGCCACGCGACAGCAUCUUGUACUCGACUCAUUCAACACGCGACCCGAGAUCAUCCAGUACACGCUUCAGACAUGUCUGUUGGCGGAGGCUGGCCCCGAUGGACUUUAUAUCGAGCGCGAGUAUCUGUUACACAAUUGGGACGUACAAUCAAAGCCAUUAUAUUCACCGAUACCCUUGCUAAUGGUAUUCAACGAGCUCAAUGUACUCGAGGGCACGGACAACUCUGGCGCCGCCCAGCAUAUCGUCGACUUCCUCUACAACAAACUUCGCGCGCUCGACUCGGUUCGCGUGCAAGACAUCGCACUCAAUGAUAUUGUGGGCAACUACUUGUCGAUUGGUUGCUACAACAUGGCAUUGCGUUGGUACGCCAUUCGUAUUGCCGACUUCCGUCUGAUGCCCAAUCAUCACACGAUUGGCAAGUUCAUCGCCUAUCAAUCACAAUCCAGAAAGAGUGAUGAGAACCUCGACGCCGACCCUCAGAUGGCAUACUGGCUAAAGGCCAAGGGAUUAUACACGGACAACUGGCGACUGGGCAUCACACAGAGCAUUCAGAACGCAUUCGUCGAGAGCCAGAAGGGUGUCGAUACCAACGCGAUCACAGCCAGCAUCAAGGACUAUGUCUCCACAAUGGACGAGAUCGACACGCUACUCAAUCACCAUCUGGUCGCAGGCAACGCACCAGAAGUGCGCCUCAUGUUGUUGGAGACCUACUUCAAGACACAGCGAUUCCCCAGCGGAGCCAUGUUGCUCGAGGCAGCCGACCUCCUAUUCAAACACAACCCGAAGGACUACCUCGACAACUUGCUCCUGAAAGCACCCCUGCACUUCCUGCCGCUCAUCUGCACUCCGGCGCACUUCUCCUCGAUCCUGCAGACGGACCUGGACCAGGGCAUACGCAUGCUGAGCAAACAGCAGGACAUCUUUAUCUUCUCCAACUCGGCACAGACAUGGUGCGACAUCAUGGUUGGAUUGUUGAACAAUGGAGGUCACCUGUCAUUGAUUGGCCGAAUGAUUCGCACGCUCGUCAACACUUUCAAGACUAUAACGCCCAAGAUUAUCAAUGAUAUUGGCAUGUGGAUGUAUGCACAUAAUCGAUUCGAUGGCGAGGUCAUUUCCGCGCUGGAGGAGUACUCCAAUGCCUACAUGAUCAACCCACCCCUGAUCAAACAUCUCAAGAUGUCACAGCUGGCCAAGAGUCGAAGAUUCAAGGAGGCACACGAUAUAUUCAUUGGCAUGACUGAGAAGAAGAGCCGCACAUAUCAGGUCGCCACCGAUCUGUUCUUGAAGCAAUGUGCAUACUCCCGUGUGGUCUCAAAGCGUCUAGGUGUGGCAUGGUCCGAGCCCACAAUCGAUCAACUUGAACGAUUCCUUCAGAUCAGCCUCAGCUUCCACAAGACCAACCCAGCGGUGUUGGCCAUCAUUACUGGUACUCUAUUGCGUGAUAACAGUCAACCUGGCAUUGGUCUGGCACUGGUCAAGCAGAACAUUGCGCGAGACGAGAAGAGCACACAUGCUGACGAUAUCUUUGGCAAGUUGAUUCGAUCGUUAUCCAAUGAGAAGGAGAAGUUGGACCUGGUCACACACAUCUCUCAGUACAAUCUGAUGCACAACAAGAAGACAGUGGAACAUACGAUCAAACAACAACGUAAUAUUAAGUCGAGCGCGGGCGCCACAGGCAAGGACAAGACUGCAGCGGAAAUAGAGGAAAUGGAUAUAGACAGUAACUUUUUGGAAGCAACCGACGCUCCCAAUGCUCCCAAGUCUACCGCAUCCACAUCUUCAGCAGCGAAAACAUCACAACCAUUAUCCCAAGAGACACUUGACUUUAUUCAACAUCACUUUGUUGAGCAUACCAUCCAGCCUCAGAUCCACACCUUCCGAGUUAAUGAUCAAGGAAACAGACAACAACAGACAAAGCCAGCAUACGAGUCAAUAAAGUCAAUCGAUUGA